AUGGUCUCCAAGCACAGCAAGACGCUCCGCCAGCAGGCGCUUAUCCGAGCCGAGAAGUUCAAGGAGGACCAGGAGCAGAAGGCCCAAGGAGAGCGCCUCAACCACCGCACAUGGUAUGAGAUCACAUACAACCUGAUGUCUAACAUAAAGACCACAGGCACAGUUCUCACUCCUCGCGCUGCGCACCUCGUUGACAAAGACGCUUCGCUGGUGACAGAAAAAACAUCGUUGAAGAAAUCACUGGCACACAACAAGAAAUGUCGACAUCCUCCAAUCGCCCCAGCACCCCGCGACGACCCCAACGUCGCCCGCCGUGCAGCUACCAACGCCGUCCGCGCAACCGCUCUGGCGAAUCUCACUCCACUGCCUAUUGUAGGAUGUGGUCAGGAAGCUUCGUACUCACCUGCGCAGCGCGUGCCGGCCGCCUCUGUGCCAACUUUCACGGGUCAGGCCGGUAGCAGCGCAUACCCUACCCCAGACAACUACGGAAAUCCGUUGACACCGAUCGCAUUCCGCCAAGAGACUGUGGAAGACAAGGCGAAGAACGAGCCUAUGAAGGCACCGUUCUUUUCAGCGUUCACCGAGUCUGAUGGUUCGUUCUUUACCUUUGGCUCUCCGACGCAGACAACUACCAAGGUCGAUGCGAUGCUUGACUGGAUCUUUCCAGCCUCCAUGACUAAGCCUCUUUCCGAUGAGAUGUCGAAUAAGAGCUCGAUCUUCUCAAGCCAUUCGACUCCGAGCAUCUUCGACGUACUCGGAAAGCGCACAGAGGUAGAGGUCACCGAGAUCAGAUCGGAGCAUGCGACUAGUACCGAGCCGACAAAAGAGGAUUGCGCAUCCCUGCACUACGAGGAACUGGGGGAGUCGAGCGACACCUCCGGCUCAGUCCCUGCAAGCCCAGAGUAUGAGACUCAACUGUCAAAAGCAUCCGAGCAGCCAAGCGCGUGUGCGUCUGCAUUCAUCGAGACUGAUGCUCAUCUCGAAGUCAUUGAGGAGCCUGAGCUCGAGUUCACUGCACAAGAGUACGACUCAGUCGACAAUGAAGUGCACCCUCAGAACCUGGCGCGCAUGCUACACGAGUCCGCUUCUCCGAUUGCCAUACACAAGAACGCCCAAAACAUCGUCGAGCUCUGGAACUCAGAGCGUAUGUUCUUCGCCGAUACAGAUGGCUUUACUCGCCUGGUCGACAUGCGACAAACCUUAUAUGACGUCGCCAUCAACAAUGAUGAUGUCGACUCGGACUUCGACUCGAUUGCCUCGCCCUACAAGCCGAUUGCUACCCCUCCUCCGUCCACGUCAAUCGCUACCUCUAUCGGCUUUGAAUCGCCUCUGCGAAUCGUCCAGGAUGCUGGCAUGACCUCGUCCAACGAAAGCGAAGACGAAGCUGACGUCGAGCGCAUGUUCUUUGCAGCAACCAAUGGACACACGCGCAUUGUUGACCUCACUCAACCCAUGUACGACAUGGACAUAAUGCUCGAUGAUGGCGACUCAGACUUCGAAUCUGAGUAUUCGCCAGUCAAAUCGAAUGCUUCGCCGCGCAAGCUCGAUUCGCCACUUAAGAUGCACGAGGAGGCUAACACCUCAUCAUCUGAGGACACUGAUGAGGAUGUCAACAUGGACGGGUUGCUAGGGUCGUUUCGCGCCGAUUGCACCUACCGUACGCAAGAGUUGGUCAAAGCUGAGGGCGAAGUCACACCUGACACUGAUAUGAGCUUCUCGGAAGAUGAGGAUGUGGUUGAUCCUUUUCUGGAGUUCAUCUCCAAGGAGGUCACCGUCCUCAAUGUGCCAGAAGAAGACGCACGCUCAUCUGAGCUCGUGGAGGCUACAUUGGGCACAGAGUCUUUCUCCACCUUCCUCUCGCACCUCCAAGCCGCCGACAACGGCACGACAACAAAUCUCGCAAUUGUGGCCACCUUCUUGAAGCUUGUUAGCCUCGAGCGAGAGAAGCUUGGUGGGCGUUCUCUGCCGGCUUCAUAUACGGCAGGCGCAGUCAUGGGGAGCAGCAUUAUACCGCAUACCAUAUUCCUUGGGACGACGUCGCUUGCAACGUUCUUGUCUCAUUUUAAAGAUGAUAUGAGUUUGGAUGACGUGCAUUGCGUCUUUGGCUUGUUGAGUCGGGAGAAUGUGCGGUUGAGGACUGUAGCGACGACAGGAUUAAUGGCUGCACUCGGGCGGCGGUUGGGACAGAUCUAG